AGACCUGCUCCUCUACCGUCCAAGAUGGCUGUAUGCAUUGGUCGCCAAGACGUCGUCGAGGCGUUCCGAGGGUUCUUGUUACAACGAAGCCAUGUCCUGAUAUCUGGAACGGGCGGUAUUGGCAAGACGACAAUCGCGCUCGAGUUGCUCCAUCUCCCAGAAGUUAUCUCUGUCUUCCCGACUCGCUACUUCGUCUCGUGCGAUGGUAUUCCAGAUCUGGGAGCAUUUUGGCUUAAACUAGCCGAUUCACUGGGUGUUCCGUCGCAGAUGCGAGGCCAACAGCUGCUUGCAGGCAUCCUACAAACGCUGUCCGCUGGACCAUCUGUUCUUUGCGUAGACAAUUUCGAGACGCUGUGGGAACCACCCCACUCUCGCAAGGACGUCGAGGAGAAUAUAGCGCAGCUAGCAGGCGUGGCCGUACUGAUUGUUACCAUGCGCGGAGUGGAACGACCAGGCGGUAUCAAGUGGGCACCCACGACGUCCCUUCAGCCACUGUCCAUUGACGACGGGCUGACGAUGUUCGCCGAAAUCAGUGGCGCCUCUGACAACGAAUACGGCGAAAAGCUAGUUCGAGCUACCGAUGGCCUCCCUCUGGCUAUCAGCAUCCUCGCGCAUCUUGCACAGCCUGAAAUGGAGACGACUGAGUCCUUGUGGAGACGCUGGGAGAAGACGGGACCGGCGGUCGCCUCUCGAGGUGACGGAGCUAACGAGAGACUGUUCAAUCUAGGCACAUCCAUCGACCUGUCCCUCAGCAGUCCACGCAUGCUCAGUGAUCCCUCGGCAAACACCGUACUUGCUAUCAUUAAGGAGCUGCCUGAUGGCUUACCUCAGUCGUCUGAUUUCCUUGACGAGCUUCAGGAACAUCUCCCCACAGACAUCGACCUUCAGGCAUCACUCCGAACGCUCAGGCGAGUGGCCUUGGUGAACAUGGACCAGUCGUCAGAU